GGGGACUGGAAGAGAUUGCAGCAGCCCAGCCCUGAAUCAGGGGAAACGGAGGGUGUGGAGGGGGAAGGAGACGGAGAACGAGAGGAGCUGUUCGCUGCGCAGCCUUGAGGAUCCAGGUUUAGUUGUGGCAGGGCUGCGUGCAGAUCUGCAUCCACCUAGGAAACAAGUGCCUUUUGUGUUUCCCCCCCCCCCCUUCCUGCUGCAGAGGGGGGAACAUGUUUACCGGCGUCCCCUGAGGGAGAAGGCAAGAAGUCUCCUCCAAUCAGCCCUUAGAGCUUCCUCUGAUCUUGUGGGUCUGCUGAUGGACAUUUAUCCCUGACCUGAGACGGGCACUGCUCACCACUCCAACCACCUGGGACGUUCUCGGUGAUUCCUGCUUCUCUCCUCCGCCGUACAGCGACACUUUAACGAGGACGCUCUAAUCAGCCUGACAAGAAGAGGAAGGGAGGAACAGCUGGACGCGUUGGGUUGCUUUACCUGAUGAUGGACUAACUUUUCCACAUGCAUUUUUGUUCCUCGUGAAGACAUCCACUCCCCUUAAAUGCAUGAAGGCAUUAUUUGUCGUGUCACAUUUUUUCACCCUGACAGUCAUGUAGGGCUGACACACGCAGACAGACGGUGACAGGUGGAGCACACCUGCCUGCUGAGCCGCAGCCCGCUCUCCAGAGUUCGACUACCAGGGUUGUUUUGGCCGAGUUAUCCUGCUUCUAAUUGGCCAGAGACGGGUUUCCUCUUAAGUGUGUAGCUGGCGAGAGGAGCCGGAGUUUUGGGGGAUUACGGGCUUUACGCAAAAAAAAAAAGGAAACAGGUGCCGGGGAGCCUUGAACGAGGAUUAGCUCGCGCGACCUCGCCGAUGGACCUUUCAGACAAGACUAGUCCAGCUGCGGCCCCUCGCCCGAGGAUUAAAGAGAAGGACGAAGGUUUAACCAACACGAUGAGACUCACAGGGCCAGGGAGGAGACAGGAGAGGAGUCUUUAACGCCGAGGAUUGUGUUUGCGGAUUCUUCGAUACGGCAGUAAAUCAAACUGAUCCAUGAUCUGUUUUGUAUUGAUUUUCUCUCAACAUCCAGGAGUCUUGUCUGAUUAGUGCCCAAGAGGUCCCUAAUCCAAACAUAAUCCAUCACUACUCUCACCCAGAAGACGUUUUUGAGCGCUGAGUACGGCACAUGUGAGGACUAAUGGAAGGAUAGGCUCAGAUUCUUGCUGAGGUUCACUACCAAAAAUGUCUACUUACAGUUAAUUUAAUUGUUUUGUAUUGCUUUUAGGCAACAUAACGCCGUGUGUUUGGACGCGGAAAAGCCUGUGGCUCGUAUGAUGGUGUGUUCUCACCCAUCCUGAGAGAUCAAGUUUGUAUUUACCUUAUCUUAAAGGCACAGCAAGCGCUCACAGCUUCUAGCUAAUGGUGUCACGGGCACAACCUGACACAGAGCGUUCUCAAGCCGACAAGCCCUUGAGGAGUUUCAGUGCGGUUGCAUGAAGAAACACCUCUAACCAUGCACUGAUCCUCAAGUAGGUGACCAGCGCAGGAGAGAGUGCUGGCAGGGCUUUGAGCAGAGACACGUUAUCCCAGCCGGCCACGCUCGGCAAAAUCCGAGAAGCACAAGCAGGACAAUGUGGGACUGAGGGGUAAAAGGCAACCGAGGGAAGCUGUUAGAUGCUCUCAUUGUUUGAAUGUGUAGCACUUCCAGAGUGGGGGAGUUCAGGCACAGCGGGCGUCUUCUGGGAGAAAACUGCUCGAUGCUGCGGAUCAAGACCUCUGUGACCCAGAGCGGCUGGUUACGGCAAGAGCCCUGCACCAUCGCGCCUUUCUGGAUGAAGCACCGGGAUGUCUGAAAUCGCUGCCUGAUUGAUUAACGAAGCACAAACCCGCGGGACAAUUAGAGUGCAAAGGGACGUCGACCAAAUAAGCGCGCAAACUUUGGUGAAUUGGGAAUCUCCAGUUGAAAACAUCUGCAGGUGAGAUGAACUGUGGAUUUCUAACGUUUGAACCGUGAGCGCAACAGAAAGACAGAGGGUCGUUGACGCAGCCAAUUAAACCGUGCCCUUCUCUGCCGUGGAUGAGCUGCGUGUCACUCUGAGGAAGGACUGGUGUCACACACCACAACCCCCGGCGAAUGAGGGUGGGGCUCUCCCACUGCCACGGACAAAGAAUACUGCCUUAAGAACCGACCCUCGGUUGGUGGACCAGCAGAGUCCAUCAUCCCCUGCCUGCAGUCGCCAUGGGGUGCAACAUGUGUGUGGUUCAAAAGCCCGAGGAGCAAUACAGGGUGAUGUUCCAGAGGGGUCAUGUAGGCAACAUGCUGUGCUCUUUUGACGCCGAUGGUCGAUUGAAGGUGAACGCGAAGGAGCUCUCUCGCCUGUCUGGAGAUCCCACCCUGGACAUAAGAGAUCCCAGGCUGUCCAGCAUCCUGAAGCGGGGCGCUCGGAGACGGGCGGGCCCAGCUGGAGCUCCUGGAGGGCAGGUGCCAGUGACCAUGGGCAUGGCCGACUGCGUGGACAGCUGCACCCAGACAGACAUCAGCUUCCAGCAUAUGUUGACUCUGGGCAGGAGCAGAGAGCAUCCCUGCGGAGCUCCACCCCCACCCUCGCCUCCUCCCUCCCCUCCACUGCCCCCUCUGCCAGAGCCGUAUCUGUUCAACGAACUCUUCUCUGAGCCCGUGUACUACGACCCCACUGACUACUUUGACAUCAGUCAGCAUGAAGUGGACAGGAACGAUGAGCUAGAAUAUGAGGAGGUGGAGCUGUACAAGUCUCGACAGCAGGAUAAGCUGGGUCUGACGGUUUGUUACCGAACUGACGAUGAGGAGGACCUCGGGAUCUACGUGGGAGAGGUGAACCCAAACAGCAUUGCUGCGAUGGACGGACGCAUCCGUAAGGGAGACAGAAUACUACAGAUAAAUGGAGUGGACAUCCAGAACAGAGAGGCGGCGGUAGCUAUUCUCACCAGAGAGGACAGCACUAAUGUCUCCCUGCUUCUCGCACGGCCCGAGAUAGAGAACGAAAACCAGCUGGAUGCGGACGAGCUGGAACUGGAGCCUCUGGACAACGCUGUUCAUCUGAGCAGCAGUGCCAGACUGAGGAGCCCCUCCGUUCAAGGUGCCGGACAAAUCAGCGCCGCCGUGGCAGGUGUGCUCUCCGGUCACGAUCACUCUCACUCGUUAAGCAGGGAUUCUCCAGAUUUGCUGCAGACAGUCCUGAGCAACAGCCAGGAGCUGGACAGCGGGGUCGGCCGCACAGACGAAAGCACGCGCUAUGAGGAGUCGUCAGAACACGACCUCUUGGGGGACGACCACACCAGUGCCUCCAACACCAACACGACCAACACACCUGGCAGCAUGCGCAAGUUCUUGUCAGGCAGAGGGGACACCCCACCCUUGCUGCACUCCCAAGAACUCCAGUUCAGCACAGACUCCCUCUUAGGACUGGACUGCUUUAAUGGAGGAGGAGGAAGCGGCCUGGAGUUGGUGGAACGGUUGGAGAGGGCCUACAUGGCCGAUCCGAUGAGGAUGAUGAUGCCUGGCCUGACCGAAGAGGAGUGCGAGCGGUACAAAGAGCUCCUGGAGAUCAAGUGCUUCUAUGAGAAGAGCAGCAAUGCACCGGGGGUGGCACAAGACGAAGUCGACGUCGCCCUGGACGAGAAUAGGAAUGAGAGUCUGACGCAGCACGAGAUGGCCCUCAUAGAAGAGGAACUGCGCCAUCUGGAGUUUAAGUGUCGCAACAUCUUGAGAGCACAGAAGAUGCAGCAGCUGAGGGAGCGCUGCAUGAAGGUUUGGCCUCAUGAGGACAAAAACGGAUCCGGCAUCGGGGCUGGACUGGGAGCUGGGCGCUUGGAGACGAACUGUCCUCUGGUGAGCGAGGAGUCCUGUCACCAGGCUUUGUCGGACAUCAACGAGCUUCCGGAGAGGGAGCGCUCUGACAAAGACAGCACGAGUGCCUACAACACCGGAGGAGAAAGCUGCAGGAGCACGCCUCUGGUCAGCGAACACUACCCGUCGCUCUCAACUCAGAGUCUGGAGGGCGGAGAGUCUCCUCUUCCUCCCUCCACCCGGCAAAAGGAGAGGUGGGACGGGAUCCAGGCAAACCUAAACCAACCUUACGCUCCUCAGACUCACGGAAGAGGGCCUGAGGUGAAGUCGUCCAGCCCGGGGGCAAAGGUUAGGUCUCUGUCCCGCAACGUGGGAAGCAGGAGGGGGUCAGACGGGGGAGUGAGACGCAACCCCAGAAGCAGUGGGACAGCUGAGAGAGCUGGAGGCCGCAGCGCAGAAAACAGUCCAUAUCUAUCCCGCCGCCAGGCCGACCCGCUGCCGCCGCAGCGCUACCUGAGCUGCAUGCAACUGAGGACCCCCUCCGCAUCCGAGCACCUGGGUGGACCUAAAACCCCCCCAAAAGAGGGAACCAUAGAUAUAGGAGACGAUGCGAGUCCAAUGAGUUUGGGCAGCACAUGUAAGGAUGUUCCCCAGGUUCCGGGCGGCGGCGUCGCCUCCGCCUUGUCCCCUCCGCUGCUGCCCGCUUCCCCCCGGAUGGAGUGGAAGGUGAAGAUCCGCAGCGACGGCUCGCGCUACGUGGCCAAGCGGCCCGUGAGGGAUCGCCUGCUGAAGGCGCGCGCCAUGAAGAUCCGAGAGGAGCGCAGCGGGAUGACGACGGACGACGACGCCGUGAGCGAGAUGAAGAUGGGCCGCUACUGGAGCAAGGAGGAGCGGAAGCAGCAGCUGCUGAAGGCCCGAGAGCAGCGGCGGCGCCGGGAGUUCAUGAUGCAGAGCCGCCUCGACUGCCUGAGAGAGCGCGAGAGGGAGCAGGGUAGCGGCGGAGGCGGCGACCAGGGGGCGACACAGCAGCAGCAGGAGCCAGCAUCCAUCCUGGAGCUCUGCCACCGCAGGAGCAUGAAGAAGCGCAGCCGGAGAAUCCUGGACAACUGGAUCACCAUACAGGAGCUGCUGGCACACGGAAGCAGGUCUGCAGAUGGGAAGAAGGUCUACAACCCCCUGCUGUCUGUUACCACCGUCUGAGACGAGACGGGCAACGAGAAAGACGGAGAUCUUCGUGAUUUGGCACAAAAAGCGUCCCGAGUAAAAAAAGAAAACAUCUGGUGUUUUCACUAGAAACUUCAAGAAUCUUCCAAAAGCGUAAGAAAACGUAAACAUAUAUGCACUGUGAGUACAGCAUCUUCAAAGUAUCCUGUAGCAAUUCCAGUCCUAAAGACGGACGGAGGAAAAAUAAAUAAAAAAAAAGGCAAAGACUGCAUUCACUUAAACAUAUUUACAUGAAAUAAAAUAACAUACAAGAUCACACCAGCUGCUUUUUAAGAAGCUCACAAAUAAUAGUGAAAGAGCAGCAACGUUUACAGGUCUUGAAUAUCUUUUUAUAACUCAAAGAAAAUGGGGCCAAGAGCAACGCAGCUGUGAACGAAAACACUGAAAGAUAUUCACUCGUGUGCCAUAAAAAAAUAAAUAAAACAAAACUGGGCAAUUAGUGUCCGAGUAGAACUUUUCAUAAAUCACAACUUUUUCUGCUUGCUGCAUCUUUUGUAAUUUUUUUUAUUGUUUUAUAACAAUUUUUGCCAGGGCUUUUAUUUUUUUUAAUUAUUAUUAUUAUUAUUACAUUAUCCAAGCACAGACGUCUCUUGGACAUGAGGAGCUGAGCCAUGCCUUUCUUUCAGGCAGAACUGACUGCAUAGCACAACGGAAAAGGUUGGACCGGUUCACUUUUUCAUGAAAUCAAUGCAAAAUGUCUUUUUAAAAAAAAAAGAAAAAAAAAAGAUGGAUCGGUCACGAGUUUACUGACCUUUUACAAGCACAGAUAAAGACAAAAUAUGAUUGCCUGAAGAACAGAUUAGGCUGUUUGGGUCAACACGCCUACACUCACUUAUUCCACCUUCUUUGUCCAAAGGAAACUGCUAUUUUUGCCCUAAUGACAACUACAGUGUUUUUGCACAAGUAUUCAUACAUCCUGAUCUUUUCCACAUUUGAAGCACAAACCUCCAUGCCUCUACCAGCCUCCUGCACACCUAGAGGUUGAAAAUUCAAGCCUUCUAUAAAAAUAAAUAAAUAAAUAGCUCAAGCUCUGAUUGGCUGGGAUCACGCCACAGGUUUUCAUUUGGAUUCAUGUUUGUCUGGGUCACACUAAGCCAUGAAUUCAUGCAAUCAUUACAUAUGUUGCUGUGUAAAUGUGAUGGCGUAGUGUUAGUUCUACCCUGUAAUGCGUUUUUCCAGCUAAACCAAAUAGUUUGUUCUCAUCUGACCACAUGUCUGCUGUAUAGCCUGUAGGACUGUGCA